GAUGCACAGCGAAAGAAAGAGGAUCAGAAGAGGCAGCGAGCAGGCGGCAGGGGAAUGAUUAAGUUUGGAAAGAGACAUGGGGGCUAGCCAUAGCUGGCACAAAUACUAUUUCCGCGCGCUUGGCCCUUUGGCUGCUAUCCCUCUGGCUUGUUCGACGUCCGCCUUUUUAUCUGUCUCUCAUUCUUUUGUUUCUCUUGUCUCUCCUUUCUAGUCAUGACGGGCACCACUGAGGGCUUGACAGUGGUAUCCAGGUCCCAAUUACAUUUCCUCUCGCUCGGCGGAUGUCAUUCUUUCCGAUGUUCGACCUAUCAAGCUGAAGCUGGAUGCCUUGCGCUCUAUCAAUGUUCUCCUAGACGAAUUCCUGUAUAACUUGCUCAAAGCUGCCGGCUCGCUUACUACGGACAAGCUUAAGACCAGUCUCAUCAAGAUACUACCUACAACGCUUGGCAAAGAAGCUAUUCUUGAGGCCGAAAUCGAACUGAAAGCGUAUUGGGAGCGCACUACAGCUUCGCCUUCUGCUCAGAAUGCUGGAGAUACAGGGCGGGACUUUGAUCUUCAGUUGUCUUUCGAGUUACUGCGCCUUAAAUGUGAAGCAUACACUACCAUGAACGAUGGAGAUGAGGACGUCGAGGCGGAGAAGCGGCUGAUUGGGCGUAUGGCGAGCGUCGGUGUUUCCGCUCCUCCUCAGACACACUUGCUCGCCCCAGCAGCCCUGUAUCUAACUGCGAUCCUUGAGCAUGUCUGCGAGCACAUUCUUUCUAGUGUUAGUCGAGUGGCUUCCCGUGAUUCUAGUCGGACGGUGGCUACAGUUCAAGACCUCUUCGUUGCACUAUGUGAAGAUGAUUCGAUGUAUAGCAUGUUCAAGGCAAUGAAGGUAUACGAGCAAAUCGAAAGUGUAUCGAAAGCUCAACCUCCACGCCGCAGCAAGUCGUUCUCAAAAAGCAACGGCCGAACUUCACCUGCAAACGAGCUCCAUGAAUCCACCUCAACAGCUACUCGAUUGCGCAUAUCCUCAGACUCGCUGGCGACUGCGGUAAACGGUGCAUCACCCAUUUUGCAACGGUCCUCGACUGAAAAGUCCCGAGUCGCGAAGAUCAUGAAUCGGUCGUCAAGUGACAACGGAGACAGGUUCGAGACUGGAUCGCUUGAAAUGAAAUCCCAGAGUGGGGGUUCUCAAACUGGACACUCGCUAGAAUUUAUGGAGGAUGCGGCGCUUCUUGAAGAGUUUGACGAGCUGAUGAGGUCUGGGGCUACGAUGAAGGUUUCUCUUACACCUGACCGACUAAGAAGCAUGGAGGUUUACAAGCAAGAGCGGAAACGACAGGCUCAAAACGGGGGUACCAGUCCCACAUCAACUGAUGCCAAGCGUGGUGUCACUACUCGCAAGCCAUCCGUCCCCAACGUCGAUGCUAUUGCUGAGGACGAGGAGUCUCAUAAUCCUCAAAGUGUGGUAUCUUCCCCUCCAAGUGCUUUCCAGCAAACCGCGAACCGUUCAAGGCAAAGCAGUCUGUCGCGAUCAAGUUCAACCUCGACAUCACCGCUUUCUGGCAAUCCCCGGGCGCGUUCUAUCUCUGUAUCUGCGGUCCCUCUUCUCAGGUCCAAGAGUGAUAUGCCACCUCCACCUCCUCCUUCACACGUUCUAGCACCCAGACUACAGAAGUCGGUCUCGGCGAGUGCCAAAAUGACGGACAACAGCCGACCGCAAAGGACGAGGAAGAUGGGGAGGAAGAGAGAGUCUCUGGAUUUAGAUGAUAUUAUGAAUGCUUCGGAUGAAGAGGAGGCGUCAGAUGUCUUUCCUGCCCCAUCGCCUGUGCGCUCAAAUGGGACAGGACCUCCGAAGCCAUAUAUUUCUAAGGCUGCUCGCGAGCUGAUCGACUUCCUUGACGAGGGACCACCGGAGGAGCGAAAGCUAUUUCCAGCCAACGCCAGCAUGAUCUCCUUUGAGUCUUCCAAGAGCAAGUCGGGACGAUUCCAGCGCAUGAUGUCUCGUUUGACGAUUGGUGGAUCGAGGGAGAAUUUGAAUGGACGAGGGGACAUGCAAGCACCCAAGACACCUCGAUCGACUCGAAGUCCUUACGGUUCCAUCGGGACCUCAUCCCCUGGAUUUUCGCCAUCGUCUCUCAACUCGAAGCGGUCAAUGCCUAAUGUAAUUGUCGCUACUCCGCCACCUCCACCCUCUAUGCUCCGAAAUAUUACACCACCACAAGCCACGCCACCACCGUCUUCACAUGCUUCGACUGAAGAUAUCAACGGUGUUAGCUCACCCGGUACUCCCACUCGACGCCAGUCUGUAGCACGCAAAGCUGUGCCAGUUUUCGACGGUACCGCUAUUUCACAGUUCCCUCUGCCGCCAACGCGUAUCGAAGAUAUAAAGGCGGCUUCCAUCCUUCGACCUGUGAAUGGCAAUGGAGCUGCUAAGCUACAUGCAGAGCAGGAUGAUGGUGUUCGUCAACGCAAGGAGAGUUCGCUGAAGACGGACUCUACGCACUCGUCGGCCCUAACAGAUCAUCGAUCUGAACCGUCGGAAAAUACUUCGCCUGUGCCUGAGGUGUUGCAGACCGUUCCGAUCAGAUCAUCGUCAAAGAAAUUGCCUAAGAAGGCCGUGGAGAUAGACACACACGUGCCGGAGGUGCCCAAGACGGAGUCCAAGAAGGAGACAGCAGGCGAGUCAACCUCAGUGGCUGGUACUUUCUUGUCCGAGGAAGAUGUAGCUCAAAUGCGCAAGCUUCUUGCAAUCGCUACGACUGCAGAGGAAUGCCGGCUAUUAGUGGACAUGUUCCUGGCGAGGAACGGCUCUUCCACUGCCGCCAUCGAGUCCACGCCUACGCCCGCUCUUGUUCGGUUUUCCCGCCAGCCGGACCAGGCUCUCAAGGACCUUAUCGCAUUGAAUGAUUCACUAGAGCGGGCGCUCGUUGGAUUGCUCCUCAGUGGAGAACAAGAGGAGGCUGAAGGGGUAGAGGAAGUGGACGCUGUGCCUCCAUCACAGACUGAGGAGACUGUUAUCCCCCAUCCGCCAGAGGCGUAAGCCGUACAUACAUAUACCUAAUUUUCUUACUUUGCACCCCUUCCUAGUACAUUCUUUCAUCUACCACCUACAUACUUUCCAGCGUUCUCGCGUUCCCUCGUUUAUUUCUUGACUUAUUCGCCUAUUUCGUGUCAUUAUAUGUAUAUGGUCAGUGGCUUUACGUAUAUGCUCUACUUUUGUUGGAUAUCGGUCCUGUAAUAGAAUGCUUGCGUAUGUUACAGUAAUGUGGAACAGUAGUGAAGAUGAGUAGUGAAGAUGCGAGAACUUGAACAGAUCGAAUGGCAAAAUACAACCCGCGAGAAGAAUGGUAGAAAGUGGAAUAAGUAUAGUUAUUGAACCUCAAGCGAGAUCGCAAUGCCCAUAGCUGCCAACUCCGCACAGAGAUACCGGAACACGUAUGGGAUAGCAACGAUGUCCAAGUCACCCCCUUUAG